GUUGUUUUCAUUUCAUCAAUUCCACUCAAUUAUUUUCUUCUUUUCUUCACAUGACUUUAUCCUCCUCUCUCUGUGUAGGUAUUAUGCAGACAUCCGUCAGACCAUCUCCGCCAGUGACCAGGAGAUGAACUCCGCUCUGGCAGAACUCUCUCGUAAUUAUGCUGCCGAGGUCAACUGCCUUGUGGCUUUACAUGAGCUGUACAAGUACAUCAACAAAUACUACGAUCAGAUUAUCACAGCCCUGGAGGAGGACUCCACAGCACAGAAGAUGCAGCUUGGUUACAGGCUCCAACAGAUUGCUGCUGCUGUAGAAAACAAAGUCACAGACCUAUGACCCAAAGGACGGGAUCCAUUUUUCAUUUAACCUUGAAGAGAGGACAUGGAUGAGAGAGGGUUCUGACUCCUGGAGAGAAAAAAGUCUUUUCUUUUUUUAAGACGAAGGAGGACAAAAGGAUCAUUGUGGCACAUACUGUGACUUUGCUGUCAUGUUGACAGACUGAUUUUGAAUGAAGGGAGAAAUUGUCUUGAGAGGACCAUGUUUCCUGUCCAGGAGGUACAGGAAGACACCCCCAACCUUAGGUCCUGACACUGGGAUUAAAAUGACACUGCUCUGAGGGUGAAAAAAAAGAAGAAAAUGUGAAAUGAAGCACAUUAAAAUCUCCUCUCAGAAGGAUUUCCCAUUUUGCAUUCAAACUAAAGGGAGGCAUCAAAUGAAAAGACAUCUUUUUGUCUUUGUGUCUUGCUGGACUUGAGGGUUUUAUCGACAAACUGCACUGAACAUUCCUGCAAGUUUACAGCGAUGGGAUUGGACACUGUAGGUGUGCUGGAUGAAGAAACCGUGGACGUCAUGAAAAGGGAAAAACUUAAAAGUCGACAGAGUUGGAGUUUUUUUCUACCAUAAUAGGUCAAAGUCUUACAUAACGGACAAAGAGAUGAUGACAAAGUGCUGUGGAGGCCUGAGCAACUGCUUAUCAUAUCUGAGGGAUGUUUUCAUUCUGCUUUUAGCUUCCUUAAAUCAUUCUACCAAGUCUUACUCUUUGAAAUAGCUGUUAUUGGACAGUUUGUCGCUCUGCAUAAACAGUUUGCCAGGAUAGACUUUGUUUCCCACUUUUUAAGCUUCACAUCGCCAGUUGUCCUUUGUACUGCAACUUCUAGACGCUGCCUCGUAGUUUGACAACCAGUGAUUUAUAAAAGUGUUGAUUUUAUUUAGUUGAGGACGUAGAUUACUCUCAACCUGCUUUGACUGACUGCUGUUGUGAAUGUUCCUUUUCUUUGGUAAUGUUUUGCAAAUGUUGAAAUCACUUUUUUAAAAACAUUUGUUUUGUAUGU